AUGAGUAUUCCGAAGUGUAAACUUAUGGGGUGCUUCCCUUGCCAUUGUGCUGACGAUUGUAAUGUCUUCUCUGAUUUGUGCUGCUCGGAAAGUUUUUCCCAGUUAAUUCCAAUAGAUCGUUGGGAAUGCGUCGUGAAGAAGCUUAUGGUUAUUGUUAGUUGUCCAGACUCCUGGGUAUCAGAUGAUGUCAAGAAGAACUGCGAAGAAGGUUUGAGCGACUUGUCCAUGACUCGCCUCGUGACCGACGUGAAGACCAAGAGAACCUUCAGGAACAAGGACUGCGCCGCGUGUCACGGGGCCACCUCACUGGUGACAUGGACACGAGAGGUGUCGUGUAAAGUUUUCCAGUACGUGUACACAGCAAUGUCAGAAGCUGACUUCCUUCGUCAGGUAUCGGCAGGUAGUCACACCACGUGUAAUGUUAUGUACACACCACCGGUAGAUGCGAGUUUUGUUAGAUGUGGAGGUACAGCCACUCGUGUAUCAGACAUUUUCUCUACCUGUAACACAACAGGCAGGUGGGAGGCCUACGACAGGGACGUUGAAGACGAUUGUCUGAAGCUUUCCGACAUUUACCGUGUCACGAUUCCCGAGAGCAGUGUGCACCGAAACAUGUUCUGCGCUUUUUGCAACGGCGACCAGCCACGUGUGACGGAGUGCGAUUAUAUUGGAGAAAAAAAUUCAGGACUUCCGCCAUUAUCUCUGUUGUUCGGGCUGUCCUCUGACACCAUGCGUGACACGACGUUGUCUACGUCAGGGUGUGCCAGCGGCCGUGGGACGGACUUGGACGGCACUGACUCUCCCUUUACAUUGUACAAAGCUGAUGUCACAAAGGAUUUAAUUGCAUCGAAUACAGCUGAUCAAGCUACGGUAGCCUCCCUUACAAUAAGGGGCACCCUGUCGUCCAACAAGAUCAACAAGGUGGGAAACUACCCCAGCGCCGAGCACAAGGGUGUGUGUCGCAACCUGACCUGCCCGGGCGGCAAGUUGUUGGACGCGGAGAACAGCACGUGCAGCACGGCGCUGGCGAAUAUCCGGGGCCUGAUUGUACAAGCUGAACAUCAACCUCGUUCCCAGCACGGAACUCGCCUGGAAUACGUCCAAUUGGAUUUUGCAGAGGUUAGAUUUAAGGACAAAGUAACUCUUAUUCAGAACAUCGAUAUAGAAUCGCUCCAAAACACCAUGACAGUUGACGAGAAUGUGACUGUGUACGAUUUUAACUACGGUAGGUGGGCUGACGACUCGUUGGAAAGACUGUACUACGCAGCACGAACGCGACGAAUAAGGCUUUUAAAUGCAUUGGUGAGUCCCCCUGAUGCAAUCUUUGGUCACGGGCUUAAAGAAUUCAUGAAUAUUAAAAGCAACAUUCCGGAAUUGUUCAAAAUUACAAUGGACCCUUUGCUUUUGUGCGCCUACGUCCAACUAUCAAGGGACGAGUUCAUGAUAAGGGAGGGGGCAGAUGGCCAGAAAAGACUGGUCGUGGUUAAUGAACAUGACGAAGCGGAGUUAGACAGACUGUUGUACGUGAGGCUGGAGGACAACGAGGUGCUCAACGUGUGCAUAGAAACAUUAGAAGCUCUCAAAUAUGUCCCUAAGAUCAGGUCUUCCCCGCUGUGGCAACACCUCCUGUCCUGGAUCGCCAUCCCCAUGUCUAUUCUCUGCGUGGUCCUCACAUUCGUUGUCUACGCCUUACUUCCGGCUCUGCGCACACAGCCGGGGCUAAACGUGAUGGGCACGUGCGCCGCUCUCUUCGUCGCGCAGGUGGCGCUGAUGCUGGCGUCAAACCUUCAGACCUCUGGAGUGUGGUGCCAGGCCCUGGGGAUCUUAGUUCACGAGGCUUGGCUGAGCGUCUUCUGCUGGAUGGUCGUGUGUUCCAUGCACAUGUUCCAGGUGUUCUCUGCCAAAACUCGCCACGAGUCCAGGUCGCUGAUCUGGGAAACCACGCAAAACACCGCAGUGUCCAUCUUACUUCCGGCUGUCGUGGUGGCGCUAGUAGUUGCUGUCUCGUACGUGCAAUCGAAAGGCGAGUCUAUCGGCUACAGCAGCGAGUCUUGUUUCCUGAGCUCGCAGCUGCUGGUGGGAACGGCCAUGGUGCUGCCACUGUCUGUCAUUGUGGUGCUCAACCUGGUGCUGUUCUUACUGACACUUAGGCGAAUCCACGAGGUGACGAAACUGAAGCCACACUCGGACUCCAGACAGGAGACCCACCAGCACGUGUGGGUGUGCGCGCGCCUGUCGAUGCUUACCGGCGUCAUGUGGACGCUGUCGCUCCUGUCAGAAGGUCUUGAUCUGGACUGGCUGCGUGGUCUGUCCAUCCUAGCUAAUGGCGGGCAAGGAGUUCUUCUGUUAAUGUCUUACGUCACUACUCGGCGCGUGCGCAUGCUGCUGUACACACGUCUCGGGCACCAUAUUGACGUCACGUCUACUACACACUCGUCAAUCGUUGUGUCCACUAUUCCCAGUAUUAAAAAAGAACCAUAAGCCUGCAUAGCACCUUUAGACGUCAGGUGUUAGCUUGAAUGAUGGUUGAUUUCCAUUCUAGGAUAAAUUAUGUCGGAAGCGGAAAAACGAGGAGC